AGUAGGAGGUAAAUCUAGUGUGUGGGAAAUUCUUAGCAAGUAGCUGAGGUAAUAUCAAUAUAGGAAGAGUUUACUGGGAUGAUAUAAAGAGGGCAGUUGGAGUUUAGAUCUAUUCUACCAUCAUUUGUAAAAGUAAUCAGACCUAUAAUAUAUCUGUGUCAGUAUAGCUCUUUCAAGAAUGCUUGUACAGAUUGUUGCAACCUUUUUGCUAGUUCUUCCUCAUCUAGCAGCCUCUACAAGAAAUACUUCUACAGUAGAUAUUGUGGAAGAAGUAAAGGAUGUGUUUAAUGGACACUUUUCAGAUCCUUCUGCUAAAGCAGCCAUGAUCAAGCACAUUGGGGAUAUGGCAUUCAUUGAAGUGCCUGGUCAAAAAAGUGAUCAUCAUGGAAGGGCAAGGAGAAAUGCUGUUAUCAAUCAAGACAAUUUAUGGCCAAGUGCUCGAAUUCCAUAUGUCAUUUCUACGUCUUUUAAUGCCAAAGAGAGGAACGUAAUCCUACAGGCAAUGAGACAGUGGGAAGAUAAUACCUGCAUUCGAUUCUAUCCUUCCAAUGAAACCGAGAUCUACUAUGUUGAAAUAUUUGAAGGAUAUGGGUGCUAUUCAUUUGCUGGACGAGAAAAGAAAAGUUAUCAACCACAAGGAUUGUCUCUUGGUUAUGGCUGUGUCUCCAUAGAUAUAGCUCUUCACGAGCUGGGUCAUGUGAUUGGAUUUUACCAUGAGCAUACACGAGCAGACAGAGAUGAAUAUAUUAAAGUGAACUACGAAAAAAUACCAUUCUACAUAGAAAGCCAGUUUGAGAAACGUAAAGAAAAUGAGAGCAACACAUUGGGAUAUGGCUACGACUAUGCUAGCAUCAUGCACUACUCAAGUCAUGCUGGGUCGUAUGAUGAUGAACCAACAAUUGAGGCAAUUGAUGAGGGAAUUGUGUUCGGUAUAGCUAAAGAGCUGAGUCCUUUGGAUGUUCUUAAGGCAAAUGCUCUCUAUAAAUGUGGAGCGGAAAGGCCUCCGAUAAGUACCUUUCCACCAGCAAGUACUCUCUCUCUUCCUGAUGGCAUCCAUUGUGGCGAAGUAUUGGAAAUAGGAAAUGGGACAUUUUACUCGCCUGGAUAUCCUGAUCGUAUGUCCAAUCAAGAGUGCGCGUGGGUAAUUAAAGUUCCCAAAGGCUAUGGUAAUUUCAUCCGGUUGAGUUUUCCAAGACUUGCUCUGGAAAAGAGUGACGACUGCAGUAAAGAUUAUGUCCAAGUCUUCAAUGGCCAAUCUUUAAAACCUGAAGAUAGUGCCUAUCUCUCCAGGGAUGCUAGCAAUGGCAAAAUUUGCAGCUCCAGUGAAAUAAGCAACAUUAACUAUGUGUUUUCAGUUGACAAAACUGUAACUAUCUAUUAUCGAACUGGUGACAGCAGUUCAGGAUCUGGUGCACAUAGAGGACUACGAGUGGACUUUUCAGGACUAGAUAUCAAUGAGUGUCCUCAGUAUGAACAUUGUCACAAAUGCAUCAACGUUGAGGGAUCGUAUCGCUGUAAAUGUAACGAGGGUUACUACCUCUCCUUAACUGCAGGAAUCUGUUUUGACUACAAUGAGUGUGCAUAUGAUAACGGUGGAUGCGAGCACACUUGUGACAAUAAUGGCGGCUCUUACAUGUGUAUAUGUAAUCCUGGCUACUCAUUGCAAGUAGAUGGCCUAAGCUGUGUAAAUGAAAAUGAGACCCAGCCACCCGCCACAAUAUCUCCCACAACGAUGUCUACCACAAUACCCCCCACAACACCACCAUCCACCCUUGCUCCAACAACUAAAGCACCCACAUCAAAUUGCCCUAUCCUCCCCUCUAACCCACAAGGUUCUUUCUCUUGUGGUGGUUACUUGAAAGCUGGGGUGAACUUUGGCCCAGAAAACCUUCCCUCAGGACCUAUCACCAACUCUAUUUUAUGCUCAUGGAUUGUUUUCGGUACUGAAAAAUAUCAAGUUCGCUUUAAAUACUUCGAUAUUCCCAGCAACAAUCAGUGCUUGUCUAACCAUGCUGAUGUGUAUGAUGGUUGGAGUUCUGAAGCUCCAUUGAUUGAGCAGAUGUGCGGAGAAAAGUGUGAAGAUUACGUAGUGGAAGGGACUGGAAAUAUCCUGACCGUUACUCUGGAGGUGUCUUCACCAGGGUCAUUCAGAGGCUUCUAUGCACAGUUCGAAGAAAUUAACUUUGAUUGACUGUAUUGUUAUGAUAGAUAUCAACGAACAUAUUGUACGUGUUGCUGAUGUAUUGUUGCUGAUAUAAAUUAUGACGCAUAAUUAUUCUUAAACAGUAAAGGAAGUAACCCUAUACAUAAUUAUUUGCACAUCCC